AUGGUGCUACGAUUAUUCGAACUGCUAUUAGUCGGGAUGUUCAUUAGCCGAUGUAUCAGGGAUGUACGGGGUACUUCGAAACUGCAUCGGAGUUCGUUAAUUAAUUCGUUACCUGAGUUCGUGGUUGGCGAGGAAAUCGCGCGUCGGAAUAGGAACUUGACGAGUGCAAGUGUGAGCGCACUUGCGCGAGUAAUUAUCGAGCGACGCAUACAGAGCGUGCCCGGUCUCUGGAGGAUUAAUUAA